AUGCCUCAUGAAGUAAGCCGGCGACAGCCCAUAUUGAUGCCACCAGAGUCCCCGAGGCUGACUGCAUGCUGUGGGCGUGAAACGGGCAGCAAAUGGGAGCUUCCGUCUCACUACUUCGUUGUGAUACCAGUUGUUGCUCAAUUAAGCUUCUGUAUUGCGAGUAUUGUGUCGGAUGACCAGUCUCGCUAUAUCACUGGCGAAUCGGAAAACCUUCCUGAAGAUGCUGUGCUCGGGAGUUCCAAUUACUCGGAAGGCCAGGACAUCGGUGCCGCUCUCAAAGAGGUCGAAGAAAAAACUUUGUUUAUCUUGUCUUGCUGGACUAUAUCAGAGUUGACAAGUUCACCCCGCUGCCUCGGGCCAGUCGUGUUGCUACAACCGACUGACGUGUUAGAUCCGACGUUGCAGGCUCGAAAGAUCACGAGAUCUUUGACAUCUUACGAAUUUUCCUCAUCUGCCGUCCGAGAAUUAACAGCUCAUGCACCCUGCCGGCUUCAUACCCAUCGGGUUCUCGGUGCGGCGUCGGCCGGGCAUUCGAUGGUCUGCAUGGCAAACUGGAAAUGCCAUCUUCGGACCGUUGGGAAAGCUUGGAGUGAUCGCUCCGGAGGCGUGCUUCUUCACUCCGGCGUGCACGGCAGGAAAGUUACCGUGCGGCAGACGCCCUCGCGUGGUUUGAGGCAUCGUGAAGAUGCUUCUGGCUAG